UAAUAUUCUGUGACCGUUCGCCAGAACUCAGUUGCUGGGAAUCUCCCGUUCGGUACGGUCAAUUUUAACGCCACCGAAAACACGGAGCACGCCGAUUAGCCCGUUUCCAAAAUAGCCAUUACAUCCCGAGACCUUUGUCAUAAAGCGUUGUUCGAAGGUGAUCGUCUUCUCAGAGUGUUAUCGAAUUACUGUGUCGUGCAAUUGUUCUCAGUUUUAACAUAAUUAGAAAAAAAGAAGGGUUGCAUUUCAACCGUUGCCAGUGAUCAGCGUCAGAAGAAGCACCGAACAGCAAUGGGGUUAUCCGGUUGUUAUGGGAUCAUCAAGUACCUCCUCGUUUUUGUGAAUCUCAUAUUCUGGGCUGUAGCAUUAGCAGCAGUUAUCCUAGCAAUAUGGAUGCUGACUGAUCCGACCUUCAUUGUGUCAUUGGCCCAAGAAGAACACAAUUAUCAUGCCGGAUUGUACAUUCUGCUGGCUGCAGGAGUGCUGAUGUUGAUCGUCGCCCUCUUGGGUUGCUGUGGGGCCUUCCGCGAGUCCCAAUGUAUGCUCGUUGGUUUCUUUAGCUGUCUUCUCGUCGUGAUCGUUGCCCAGAUCGCAGCAGGAGCUUGGCUAUACACCAACAGCGAUCGAUUGAAACAGCUGGUUAAAUCCUCCGCUGCUAACACCAUCAAGACGGAAUAUGGGUUGAUCGAGUCUCGUACUGCAGCAAUGGAUGCUAUUCAAUCUGAAUUGGGGUGCUGCGGAGCAACUGGUCCGGCAAACUGGGCGGGCAGUCAGUACAUGCAAAAAGAAAGACCCGGUGUUAUCGACAUGGCUGUUACCGCAAGUGAUAAUGUCUAUCGUGUACCACCAUCUUGCUGCAAAGAUAAAGAAAGCGCCAGCUGCAAGCUGGAGUUCAAAGUUGGAGAUCAGAUAAACCCAGCAAUUUAUAGCGAGGGUUGUGUGAACAAGCUCGUGGAUACACUUGUCAGUCAUAUGAGCAUUGUACUAGGAGUAACUAUUGGGGCUGGAAUAUUGGAAUUGCUCGGUCUGAUAUUUUCGUUGGUUCUGUGCUGCGCUAUCGGGUCUUCCGAUAGAUACAAAGCUUAAAAGCUUCUUCCUUCUUGUGCCAACCUUUUAGACAUCUCGAAAAAGUCACAUGUCCUACUAGCUGAUUCGUAAUUUCAGUUUGUGCCAAGAUACACGAGACUGACUAUAUAUAAUAGUUACUUGUCGUUAUUUUGUCCUGGUAAAACAAGCAACAAGUACACGUAUUCAGCGAAUAAGAUUCGAGAUUGCCACAGUUCGGAAUCGUUACCAUUUCACAGCUUUAAAACUUCUAUCGUCUAAUUUUUCACAUGAGAAUUUCAAUCAUUUGGAGGCACUGACGUUAUACUGCUCUAGCAGGUUUCUAAAUCGGAGGUUCGAAGGCUCCUAAAAACUUGAAUGUUCUGUUCCAGAGGAUCGUUGAAUUUGAGUUUUAAGGAACAGUAAUCGAAAUACAUAUAUACUCAUACCAUGACUUUUAUUUGGUAAGAAUUGCUAUCGAGCUCUCUGCACAAAUUGGUGAAUCACCAUUGAUCUAGGAUCUAGUUUUUCUCUGACUACAUCACACCGUAACGAAGAGUCCCUUUGGUACUUAGCACCAGUAAUUAUAACAAAGGGGCUUGGCAUCGAACAAAUGUUACAAUUGAACAAACAUAUAUGUUGAAAGAAAGUACAAUUAAGUUGAAAACUAACAAUAAGAAGAAAAAAUAUAAUACUUGAUACACUCUAAGUACAUUAAGAAGUGACCAGAUAACUUAAGAAUCAUCUUUCUCUCGGUGAUAAUAGCAGUCUGUUCUCUUCACCGUCUACACGGAUACAUGUAUGUGUAAAGACCUCCUAUUCUGUAAACCUUUGAACCAGGAACUAACUAAUAAUACUUGUCCAAAAAUAAUCAAUUCUCCUGUAUCAAAGUAAUAUAAUGUUUACAUGUUUAGUGUCUACCGCUUUAAAUCAAAUAUUCCAAAUGGUAUAUUGAAAUAAAAUUUAAAUAAAAAUAAGUAUAACAAAUCAGCAUGCCACGAAUCAUUUUCCGGUAAAUAUUUUGAGAAAGAAUUCUUUUUCAAAUCCGUUCGUACGUUUUUACUCGGACACGUUGAUGCCAUUGGAUACGGAGAAAAUGAUUCGUGAGACAUUGAGACGAAAUUUGAGGCAGCGCGAAUUAUAAUACUGCGAUAUCGAUUUCUGUCCCCCUCCCUCUGAAUUGUGUUCAACAACAUUUUGGAAAAAUAUUUAAACUGCGCAAAUCUUUCAUAAUAUUAGAUAAUGGUGGAAAUGUUACUUUUACAAAUCUUGACACCAAGUACUGAGCUAUCAUUACGUUAUCGAUUUCACUUGUGAUUAUUUUAUUUUAUUUAUUUAAUACAGUCAGAUACUGUGACAUCCAGAUAUUUUGGUCUCCGUACCGCGGGUUCUUCGCUAAUUGUUUGGAACCUUCUCAAUCGGCGAAAUAUUAUUCGGGGUUGAAUCUCAUCAGUAAUAAAGUGUAAUUUACGCCACACGUAUGCAUGAGUACGUAAUAUUGUAAUCGUCACAAAGAUAUUACAGAGAGUUUGAGAAAAAAAGAGAGCAAAAAAAAAAAAAAAGAAAAUUAAAAAAUAUAACAAAUAUUGAAGAGUAAAUUUAACUAUAUUAAUAGAUUAGAGAGCAUCUAUUUUACUAGAGCCAUAUUAAUCUAUUAUGUGUAA